GGUCACAUUAUAGUCUAUAAACCCUCAAUCUGACUGCACGUAUCUUUUAUGACUGAGGUGCAAUUUCCCGUGUAGUUAAGUCGUGUUUUGGACUUUGCAACAGACUCUCAGAUAUAAAGACAGUAACACACAGUUACAUACAGUAAAAUCUGCUCACUCUCGACUCAGAGAUGGACACCUGGGCUUUUCUCAGCAUUCUGCUUGCGGUCACGCAUUAUGUGUCAGGGCAGAGUACGAUAAGAUGGUGCACUAUUUCUCCUGCGGAGGAGUCCAAAUGUAAAGCAAUGGCCCAGGCCUUCACCAGUGCUUCAAUUCGACCAACAAUACGGUGCGUCCCCGCUUCAUCCAAAGCCGAAUGCGGACAAAAACUAACCAGAAAGGAAGUUGAUGCCUUUUCAGCCAGUGCUAAAGAAAUAUACGACGUUGGCAAGCAAGCCAGCUUCAGAAUUGCAGGUGGAGAAUCUGGAGCAGAUGGGAAGGGAAUAACAUACUACGGUGUUGCUGUGGUUAAAAAGGCAAAUUCAGCCAUUAACAUCAACAAUCUGAAGGGGAAGAAGUCUUGUCACACUGGCAAGGACCGUACAGUUGGCUGGAAUGUCCCUCUGGGUUAUUUGAUUGACAGUGGAAUGAUGUCAGCCAUGGGUUGUAACUUCCCUCAAGGGGUUGCUGACUUCUUUAGCGCCAGCUGUAUCCCAGGAGCUAAAGAUGGUCCUGCGUCCCUGUGUGAGCUGUGUGUGGGAGAUAAAAAUGGACAAUAUAAGUGUGAUGCAACCACUAAUGAGCUGUACUAUGCAUAUAAUGGAGCAUUCAGGUGCUUGGCUGAGGAUGCAGGUGAUGUCGCCUUUGUGAAGCACACGACUGUGAGCGAGAAUACCGAUGGUCAGGGCGAAUCAUGGGCUCAAGGCUUGCACUCUACAGACUAUCAGCUCCUGUGUCGGGACGGCACCCGCAGUCCAGUCACUGAUUAUGAGAAAUGCCAUCUGGCUCGAGUCCCAUCAAGGGGAAUUGUUGUCCACUCUGACAUCAGCUCUUCAGUGGUUUACAACAUGUUGCGUGAGGGACUGCAAAAGUCUGGGUUCUCCAUGUUCUCCUCAUCAGGCUAUGGAGGGACAAACUUGUUGUUCAGCGACUCUUCAACCACAUUUAUCGAAGCAGGAAAUGAAAACUAUAUCGAAUGGUUGGGCCGAUACUAUUACAUACUGAAAGCUAUGGACUGCACACAGUCAGAUGUUCCCGCUAACCUACGCUGGUGUGUCCUGUCUCAUGGAGAACAGCAAAAAUGUGCAGACAUGGCUGUGGCUUUCAAAAGCAAAAACUUGAUUCCUGAUAUUCAGUGUGUCCACGGUGCAUCUGUGGAGGACUGUAUGAAGAAAAUACAAAACAAGCAAGCUGAUGCCAUCACUCUUGAUGGAGGUUACAUCUACACAGCGGGGAAGAGCUUUGGUUUGAUUCCUGCUGUCGGGGAGAGCUACACAGGAGACACUGACGGAAGUAUUUAUUAUGCUGUGGCUGUGCUGAGAAAGAGCAACAGAGACAUCCAGAGAUUCAGUGACCUCAAGAGCAAGCGCUCCUGUCACACAGGUUAUGGAAGAACUGCAGGCUGGAACAUUCCCGUAGGUGUGCUAAUAGAAAAAGGCCUCAUCACACCACAGCGAUGCCAAGUGGCCCAAGCUACUGGGGAGUUCUUUAAAUCAGCCUGUGUACCUGGAGCCAAUCAGAAAGGUUUCCCCAGUAACCUGUGCGAACAGUGCAUUGGAGACGCCAGUGGUCAGAACAAGUGUGAAAAAGGCAAGGACCUAUAUGACGGUUAUGAUGGAGCCUUCAGGUGCCUUGUUGAAGAUCGUGGUGAUGUGGCCUUUAUCAAACAUUCCACUGUAUUCCAGAACACAGAUGGAAACAAUACAGAUUCUUGGGCGGUUAACCUGAAAUCCCAGGAUUUUCAGCUGCUUUGUUCUCAAGAGUCUCGUGCUGAAGUCACUCAGUUCACUAAGUGCAACUUGGCCCGUGUCCCUUCCCAUGCUGUUAUGAUAAGACCUGAUACCAACCACCACAUCAUCUUUGGCCUCCUGGACAAAGCCCAGCAUUUCUUUGGAGUUAAUUCCGCCUCAAGCUUCAAGAUGUUUGACUCCAAAUCCUAUGAUGGAUCUGACCUGAUUUUCAAGGACUCAACUCUCACUUUAAUUGGUGUUGGAGAGAAAAGGACUUACGAGGAGUGGCUUGGCCAGGGCUACCUGGAUGCCGUAAUAGCUAUGGAGUGUUCAGCUUCAACAGCAGUGUUUUCCUCAUCCUUACUAUUGCUGAUGUCCAUUGUGAGCUCCGUCGUCUCUCUGGCUUUGUAGCAGGUGUGCCAGCCACAGCAGGGGACUCUCAUCUUCAUACCCAUGCUGAUAUAUUUCAAUUUUUAAGGUGAUUCAAGCUCAAAUCAAACCGCUAAAUCUAAAGCUACAAUAUGUUUAAGCAAUGACAGCGCCUUUUAUCUGUGAUUGUAAAGGUUCAUAGUACACACCUAGUACAGUUGAUAAGAUUUAUAAGUAGGUCUAGGAAAAUUUCGAGGACCGUCUUAAAUUAGGAACUGCAAAGAGUCGGCUCAAAUCUUUCUUUAUACCAAGUUUAAACCAAAGCUGGUUUGUUAUUGUAUUAUUUCUACUAUAAUAACUGCUGAGGGCAAUUGCCAUAUCAGUGCAUAUGCUUUGCCUGUUACAUAUUUAUUGCACAAUGUUUAUUGCAGCUUUUAAAACCGACAUUUUAUUAUGUUAUGAACUACUUGAAGGCACAUGCCAUAUCAGGGAAUAUGCUGUGUCUAGUAUUUUCCUCUUUGCGGAUUUUUUUAACUACUAUCGUAGCGUUGAAUGCAGCAUGCACUGGAGUUGUACUACUGAAAGGUUCUUUUCCUCUCAUAUUCUAAGAGAUCUUGCUUGCUUAAAUCAACAACAUACUGUGCUCAUGCAUUUAAAAACCAAAAUAUUUUUGACAAAUCUAAUAAGUAGUCAUUGAGAUGAAAUAAGCUUUUGAAUUGUGAUAAACUAAGCAAUGACUUCAUAUCAGGGGGAGGAAUAUCAGUCCAGUGCUUUUGGAGUCUGUUAUGUUUCUGAAUUUAGUUAGCAUUGUUGCAGUGCAAGUGUGAAAUACAAGGCGACAAUGUAAUAGAAGCUUGUUAUAAAUUCCAUAAAUGAUACAUGUGAGUGAGGUGAAACUACACUAUGAGAUAAAUAAUCAUAAGAACCAUAUGAGUGUUUUUUCAAAAUUAUAUCAUAGCGCAUUACCAAGACUCUUGGAGCUCCAGCUGAUGAUUUACACAUUAUUUAAUACAGUAUCACUUGCUUUCUUGCUUUAUAUGUAUGUUUAAGAGAUUUAUUUUUAUCUGUUCAGAUACCAUAUCAGUGUAUAUGUGCUGACACAUGAAUGUCCUACAUUAAUACCUGCCUUGUCUUGCGAUUUCUUCAUGAAAUGAUUGAGAUAUAACUAAUAUUUAGUUGCCAGGCCAGUGUGUCUGCGUCUGAAGUAUUACAGCAUAUUGUCACUUAUUUUCAAUAAACAAGCAUCUUAAAAUUUG